AGAUCCCUCCUGAGUGUGUUUCCAUGGUGACAGAAGUCAGAGGGUUCACUGACCCACAGAAGGAGGAAUACUUCAGGAAGAGGUUCAUAGAUGAGAAGCAGACCAGCAGGAUCAUUUCCCACAUGAAGACAUCACGGAGCCUCCACAUCAUGUGCCACAUCCCAGUCUUCUGCUGGAUCACUGCUACGGUCCUGGAGAAUGUCCUGGAAACCACAGAGGGAGGGGAGCUGCCCAAGACCCUGACUGAGAUGUACAUCCACUUCCUGGUGGUGCAGGCCAAACUGAAGAAGGUCAAGUAUGACAGAGGAGCUGAGACGGAUCCACACUGGAGUCCAAAGAGCAGGAAGAUGAUGAAGUCUCUGGGAAAACUGGCUUUUGAGCAGCUGCAGAAAGGAAACCUGAUCUUCUAUGAACCAGACCUGAGAGAGUGUGGCAUCGAUGUCAGAGAGGCUUCAGUGUACUCAGGAGUGUUCACCCAGAUCUUUAGACAGGAGAGCAUCCUGUACCAGGACCAGGUCUUCUGCUUCAUCCAUCUGAGUGUUCAGGAGUUUCUGGCUGCUCUUCAUGUCCAUCAGACCUUCAUCAACUCUGGAGUCAACCUGCUGGAAGAUCAACUAACAACUCACCCUUCUUCAACCGGUUUCUAUCAGACAGCUGUGGACAAGACCUUAAAGAGUCCAAACGGACAUCUGGACUUGUUCCUGCGCUUCCUCCUGGGUCUUUCAGUGGAGACCAAUCAGAACCUCCUGCGAGGUCUGAUGACAUCAAACUACAGAAGUUCACAGAACAAACAGGAAACAGUUGAAUACAUCAAGAUGAAGAUCAGUGAGGAUCUGUCUGCAGAGAAAAGCAUCAACCUGUUCCACUGUCUGAAUGAACUGAACGAUCAGUCUCUGGUGGAGGAGGUCCAAGAGUCCCUGAGUUCUGGAAGUCUCCCCACAGAGGAUCUGUCUCCUGCUCAUUGGUCGGCUCUGGUCUUUAUCUUACUGUUAUCAGGAGAUCUGGAGCACAACCUCAUGUGA